UCUCCCAAUUCGAUGACGUCAUAACACGGAACUUAUUUUAUGAACUACGUUUCGGGUGUUUUUUUUUUCCUUUUCUUUAAACUAAUUUAAAAUAUUUGUUUGUUUAACUUAAAUGUUAAUGCUAUCACUGCGCGUUAGCAUUUAAAAAAAACACGACACAAUUCAUAAUUUUCCCAACAGAAAAAUAGUAAAGAGUUUGGGCGAUUUUGGCGGGGCGGAUGCUACAGCUACCCGCAUUAGCAGGCAUCGUUAGCAUUAGCAUCGGCCCAUAUCGUGUUUUUUAACGCGCUUCGUGGAGUGCAAAUGCAACACCCGUCGUAUUGCAAGCGGUCUAAAGUUAUCGCGUGCAUUAUGUAGGGGGGAAAAAGGUUCGGUUUUACUCUUAAGCUGCUGGGUGUUUUGAGCCGCCAUCUUGAAAGUGACUUGGGCUUUCUUCAGUUUUCCGAAGGCGAGAAAGUCAGAAAGUUUCUCUUCCGAACCCUCUCCCACUUCGGAUGGAUGAAUAAAUGCAUGUGGAAUAUAACUGUGUUGUAACAAAAGAUAAUCGGUAUCCUGGGCGACUGUCGAUAUAAGAGAAUAGCGUGGAGAAGCUGAAAUUUUGGUCAAAGUAUCGGCUCGAAAUAAUUAAUUGAUCAAAAUGGCUGGCAAUUUGAUAACUGAUUAAUUGCUGCACGAUAUACAUUUUAGCACAGUUUGUAGGCCCGGCAGACAUACAUAAUCCUUCACUAAUUUAAGGGGUCAUGAUGGGGCGGGCGGUACGAUGGAAUAGCUGGUAAAGCGUUGGCCUCAGAGUUCUGAGGACCCGGGUUCGAUCCCGCGCUGCGCUAACAGGGCCUGUUGAAAAAAAAAAACAUACAGGUAAAAAAUCUUUGAGCCACGGCAGUAACACGCUAGUGCAGCGCUAAAAGGGCCGGACCAGUAAAAAUCACUUCCUCGGCACAUAUAUUCCACCGGUCUCACCCUUUUCCGCUCGAGUGCCGUUAGAAAUCACGCGCAUAAACCGCAGGGUUGAAAGUGUGUGGAAAAAAAGUCGCGGCUUGGAGGACGGAAGUUACAGUAAAUUCAAAAGGUUCACUGUAGUGGAAAAAAAUGUUAGCUCGUGCCCACCUGGGUGGAAUUUGCAUGUUCUCCCCGUGCCUGCGUGGCUUUUCUGCGGGUGGGCGCUCCUCCGGUUUCCUCCCACAUCCCAAAAAACGUGCAACAUUAAUUGGACACUCUAAAAUUGCCCCGGGGUGUGACUGUGCUGCUGUUUGUCUCGAUGUGCCUUGCGAUUGGCUGGCGACCAGUUCAGGGCGUACCCCGACACUGCUGGGAUUGGCUUCAGCACUCCCCGCGACCCUCAUGAGGAUAAGCAGCAAAGAAAAUGACUGGAUGAUUGGCGUGAAGAUGAUCAUGAAGACAAACAAACGCAAGCUCCAGCCGGAGUCGUCCUCGGAAGAGUCGCCCGGCGGCGGCGGCGGCGGCGGGUGCUGCGGCGCCCUGGCUUGGGAGCGGCAGCGCCAGUUCGUGUUCAGCGUGUCGCUGCACAAGUUCCAGCGGGACCAGGAGCUGCCCGAGCCCAGCCUGCGCAGGUCAGUCCUCAUCAGCAACACCCUGCGGCAGGUGGAAGCGUGCCGGGCGGCGUCGCCCGCGCCCGGCGGCGGCGGGGAGAACGACUCGCCGUCGCCGGCCAAAUGCCAGCGGGUGGCGCCCGACGAAGCGGAGGACUGGUGCUCCUUGUCCGCCGACCCAGAUUUCACCAUCUCGCCUGCCAUUUCGUCCAUCCUGACCGACCUGGACGCCGUACCGGACGACGGAGCGCCGGCCCCGACCCCGCGGGCGGCCCUCAGGUCCCUGGAGAACCUGCGGGCCGUCCCGGACGCCGGCUCCUCGUUGCCGCGGCCGCCCGUCCGGGGCGCUCACGGCCUGGACCCGAUGGAGUGGGAGGCCGGCGCCGAGACGGCCCAGCCCGGCUACCUGAAGAACGUGACGGACGACGAGGACGUGUUCCAGGACAUAGACACGUCGCAGCUGGAGAGGGACAUGGGGAUUCUGGGCCUGCGAAGCGACGGGCGGCCGCCGGGGGACGCCAAAGGCCUGCCGUCCUUCUCGUCCUUCAGCUCGCCGCCGACCCCCUUCAGGGACGGACUGGAUCUGGAGCACCUCGUCACCAUGUUGGUGGAGACCUGAGGGAGGGGGGGGGGGCGUCAGAUUUUAACUCAACGCUGCUAAGCAGUAUGGGAAUCUGCAAGAACAUUUAGUCCUUGUCUUUUAGAUCAACUUUCAGGUCUGUGUACUAGUACGCACUUUUUCUCACUAGUAAUACAAUUCAGCCCCAAGUACAACUGUCUUACUCAUAGUCCCCGCCGCCGCUACUAUGAUAUUUCUGCACAAGAGUCGGGCAAAUGUACCAUAGUACCGUUGGGGGGUAAAAUGUACACUAGUCAACAACGACAUCCUAGUACAGUAAACAACUAUUCAAGCAAGGGGAAAAUGCUUGGAAUUGACACCCACAACCCAAAGAUUUCUAAUGACCUAUACAGUAACUACCACUUUUCUUAUUAAAGCAGUGAAGCUCCUCACCUCACCCCAACAGAAUUCCUUGGAAUCAAACAAAUACCUUAACAGUAGACAUUGGUGGUGGGAGGAAAAAAAAUGCAAAAUAAAGGAGAAUACGUUAGCCCAAAAAUUACUGUAAUUCCCGGCCGACAGAGCCCAUCUUUGUUAUAAGCCUCACCCAGUACGUUUGGAUAGGAAAUACCUUUUGGUACAUAAAUACGCCGCAGCUGUGUAAAAGCCGCAAGGUCCCACAUUGAAACAUGAGGUAUUCACAAAGAAAUACGGUACACAGAGCUCAACGCUAGCACCACGCUAGCGUUAGUGUGGCGCCACAGGGUCGGUUUGAAAAAAAAAAAAAAAAAAAAACCUACUGGUAAAAAUCACUGAGGCACGGCAGUAACACGGUAGCGCAGCGCUAACAGGGCCGGACCGGUAAAAGUCACUUCCUCUGCACAUAAAUUCCCCCGGUCUCACCCUUACCAAAAAUGCACAGAUUAGCUGCAUAAACUGCAGGUUUGAAACCGUGUGGAAAAAAAAGUCGUGGCUCAUAGGCCGGAAAUGACGGUAAAUUCAAAGGUUCACUAGUGGAAAAAAGUUAGCUAGUGCAUGGGGUGCCCAGACUUUUUUUUUUUUUUUAAACCCCAAGAUUGUAUCUGCCACGCCUGAAUCAAGCAACAAGAUGGAUGAUAGUCUGACUUUUUGGGGGGGAGGGGCGAGGGCCUGGCGUCACGCGAGCCGACACAUUGACCACCCCUGAUCUAGUAGAACGCUACUAGUACAGGUAGUGCACAGAUGUCAACUAGGGUACAGUUUGGAACCACAAGUAGCAUAGUUGUCCGAACUCAUAUGCAGAAAUGUCAUGUACUAGUAGAAUAAUAUGUUACUACUAUGUCAUUCUAGUGUCAAAUUCUACGAGUGACAUGCGAACUAGUACACGGACGUUAAGAUGGAGAUAUGAAGGCUGCUUAAAAUUUGCCUGAGCAUUCCACAUCCUUGGUGAGGCGCUAGUGCCUGACGCCCAAGUAUUAACUGCAUUCCCGUGGGUCAAAUGUAGCACUGGUACCAUUAAGACAGUUGUUCAAAUACUGUCCCCUAUUUGUGUAUUUGAAAGCAAAAGCGCGUACUAGUACACGGAUAUGAAGGCUGCGCCGUAAACGUUGAAAGGUCUUUCCAUACGGAGCAAAUUUACGUCACCGUGCGACGAUGAGCCGACAGCCGUCAAGUGUGGAAACACUAAAAUGUUGCGUGGAAUCUUCCGUGAAGAAAACGUUUCACCUGCUAUUUAUCUUUGCUUGUUCUUCUUUUUGGGCCGCCUCGUCCGCUAUUCGCAAAAAGUUUACUUGGAGUGAGUGCACUUUUUUUUUUUUUUGUGUGUGUAAAUGUGAAUAUAAUUUUUUUUAAUUUCCACUGACACAAAGUGUUUACAUGAAAGUGUACCAAUUAUCCUCAUGUUUUUUUUUUUUUGUUUUUUUU